CGGCUCAAACCGCCCUACUUCAAAAUACCUUACCAUCGAAUCCCACGAUCAAAGUGCAUGAGCUUGUUCAAUGCUCUCGUAAAACCCGUUAGAUCAUACCACAUAGAUAUGCAUUUUCUGAGCCCUUGAUCUUCCUCUCCGUCGUUCUACCGUCUUCGUUCCGGACACUCUGCCUACUACGCUCGAACGCUAUGGCGGAUUACAGCACUCUCUCUCAGUCGCCGUCAAGGCCUAGGUCAACUGCCUCUGCGCGAUCGAGUAGAUCGAGGGACGUUGUGUCGACGGAAUCAGAGCGGACGCCACUCCUCCCUAGGAGCGACCUAAAUGAUGACAUUGGAGACGAGUGGGAGGGGGGUGCGCAGGCGCGUCCCCGAAGCCGAGCUUCAAGCCUAUACCAAGCCAUACAGCCCAAAGUCGGCAUACUUGUAAAAAGAUGGCCAAGUUUUAUGGCCCUAUUAUGUCUUGUCGCCUUCACAGUGGGCAUCAUGAUUCUGGGCUUCUUCGUUCCGGAGAUCAUGCAGGAGUACGCGGUUCAGGCCAAAAAGUUUGAGCUCAGCAGCAUUUCGCUACAUGAGUUCACGGCAAACGGUGCGAAAGUCAGAGUACAAGGGGAGUUUUGGAUGGAUCCUAGCGAGGUGAAACGAAAGAGUGUGAGAGAUUUGGGCGUCUUUGGGACAUGGAUUGCUGGAUCAGUGAAGAGCAGCGGGAGUAUCGUAAAAGUAAUGCUUCCCGACUAUGGAGACAUUAUCUUAGGUACAGCGGCUAUUCCUGAUGUCAAAAUUGACAUUCGAGCCAACAAGAAGACGGAGAUUGACAUCGUCGCGGACCUCAAGGCUGGUGAUAUCUCUGGCAUACGGAAGAUUGCUGAUGAUUAUCUCAGUGGAAGGGCAGGUGUCUUGAAGGUUCAUGGAGAAGCAAGCGUCACGCUUAGGUCUGGUAUUCUCAGCCUUGGGACGCAAACAUUGUCACAAAAUCUGGUUUUUCCGAGCAACAAUAUGCCGAAAAUACCUGGAUUCAACAUUACGAAGCUUAUGUUUCACGAAAUGCAAUUACCUAACGGUAAAAGAGCCAUGGAAGCAGAUGUCAACGUUUGGGUCCAAAAUGAGUACCCGAUAGAUCUUUCAAUCCCCCCGCUAGGCUUCGGCAUAUUGGUUGACAACUGCUUUCUAGACCAGCCUAGGAUUUUGGUUGCAGAGGCGGAAACACCUUACAUCACCAUUAAUCCACAUGUCGACUUGAAUGUCAACAUCUCCGGUACAAUCCGCCAUCUCCCUGCCGAGCUUACUGACGCUUGUCCUGGCAGCAGUAAAAGUCCUCUAGAUGCAUUUCUUGGUGACUAUAUCAAGGGCCGGGAUACCACAAUCUAUGUCCGAGGCUCCAAGUCUUCAUCUCCCAGCAUUCCCAGAUGGGUUGAAGAUCUCAUCUCGAGCAUUACCUUCCCCAUACCUUUCAAAGGCCAUACAUUUGAUAAGCUCAUCCGAAAUUUCUCUUUGACGAAUGUUCAUUUUACUUUACCUGAUCCAUUUGCCGAACCAGAUUCGCCAGAGUCAAACCCACAGAUCUCAGCCUUGAUCAAGGCGUACAUCAAUUUACCGGGAGAAAUGAACUUUCCGAUCGGCGUUAAUCGUAUUAAAGCGAAUGCGCAAGUUUAUUACAAACGCCGAAAGCUUGGACAUCUGAGUUUGGAAAAAUGGCAGGCAGCUAAUUCAACGAGGAUUCCACCAGCAAGAGAGGAGGGACCGGCUUUGCUAGUCGAGUCUGCAAUCAAGAAUGCCCCUCUGUGGAUUGAGGACCGAGAGGUUUUUGCUGACGUAGUGCAAGAAAUGAUUUUUGGCGACAAAGGCGUCAAGCUUGGAAUUCAGGCAGCCGUUGACGUCGAGAUGGACACGGCUCUGGGAGCCAUGAUCAUAAGAGAGAUUCCGGCUGAAGGCGACGUGCCUAUUCAACCAAUCUCCGAGCAUAAUGGUGGGCUGACUUCCGGCCUCAGCCCCGACGUUGGAAAUCUUGAGAUUGUUGAGACCAAUGAGAACGGUCUAGUCCUCAAGGCUGAAGUCAAUUUCACGAACCCCACCAAUUAUUCAGCGUCAAUUCCUUUUGCGCGCAUUUCUAUUGAGAAAAAUGGGACAACAAUCGGUAACGCAAAAGUGGAAAAUGCCACCAUAGUACCGGGGCAGAACGAACGGCAGGUUGUGACUGCUUCCUGGCAACCCAAUUUGAGCGGAAAUAAAGGAAUAACAGUUGGAAGAGAUUUGAUAUCCCAGUACAUCUCUGGAUACAAUACGACACUUACGUUUCGCACCACUAGAGAUUCUAUACCUCAUCAGCCACUGCUUGGUCAAGCACUUAGCAAGCUGUCUAUUACGAUCCAAGCUCCCCCUUUAACGAUAUCUAAUCCGAAUAUUCCGGACGAUGAUGAUCCUCAGAAUCCUGACAAUCCUCACAGUCCGGAGAAUGACGGUCCACAUUUCAUCAAAUCGGCAACUAUGCAUUUACUCUCCUCAACAGCGGUUUUCGUCUUGUUAUCGCCUAUUAAAACAACCACGCUAUACAUAACAUCAAUUAAUGCGACCGCUUUUUAUCAACCAGAUGACCCAGAACUAAAGGAGAGCAAGGUUGGCGAAAUAUUAUAUCGCGGUUCUUUUGCCGUUAGUCCAGGAGAAUCUGAAAGCCCGCGACUUCCUGUCAACUGGGAUCUAGGUAGUGUAGGGUAUGAAGCUGUUCGCAAAGCUCUCGGUGGCUCUCUGAAGCUACGUGCAGAAGCUGAUGUAGGAAUACGAAUUGAACAUUACGAACUCGAUGUCUGGUUCAAAGGAAAAGGCAUUGGCGCUCAUGUUAGAUUAUGAUGUAAUAUAUCAUUAGUGCAAGUUGAUUAAAAGGCACCAACACAUAAGCCAAAGCAAUACACCGACAUUGAUUCA